AUGAAGAUCACGUUAGCUCUUGCUGCCGGCGCGGCUUCUGUCCUGGCCAGCCCAGCUACCGGUCGCAAUCAAUUCAGCGAAUCUUCGUAUUCUGCUGAAGAUGUCAUCAAGCGUGACUUCGCAAUCAUUGGAGGCGGAGCUGCAGGCACCUAUGCAGCCAUCAGCCUCGCUGACAAGAACAAGACUUUCACGCUUGUCGAAAUCACGAACAGACUUGGCGGUCACGCACGAACCUUCACCGACCCUGCUAGAGGUGUCAAUGUCGACUUUGGAGUGCAGCUAUAUCUUGAUACUCCUGUUGUUCGCGAUUUCUUCAAUCGCCUCGAUACACCACUUGCAAACUUCAAUCCAGCAUACUUCGGCAACCCAAACUACUUCGACUUUACCAAGCAAAUCCGCGUCAACAACUAUAGUCAGGGUACUUUGGGCACCGACUAUGUUGCUCAGCUUGAUCGUUACCCCUAUCUGGAAAACGGAAUUGAUCUGCCAAAUCCUGUGCCAGCAGAUCUUCUGCUGACGUGGCCCGAGUACAUUGAGAAGUACAACCUGGGGGAUUCUGCCGAAUCAAUCUUUGCAACGCCCGCAAACCCUGGUGACGUGCUGCAAGAUCUUGCUUUGUACAUGUUCAAUGAUUUGAAUCAUGUCAUGCUUCAGGAGGAUCAAGGCGCAGCCAUCUUGAAUGCAAACUACGACAACUCUGAGCUCUAUGUCAAGGCCUUGGCUGAAAUUCGAGACAACGUCUUGUUGAAGUCUUCUGUCACUGCGACUAAACGUGGUACAGAUGCGAAAUCUGGCGUCAAAGUCGUCGUGAACACACCGACAGGCAACAAGCUCAUCGUCGCUAAACAGCUCAUUCUUGCCAUGCCUCCUUUGCUGAACAACACCAAGCAGUUCGAUUUGGACGCCCAAGAACAGAAAAUUUUGGCUCAAAUCAAUGGCAAAUACUAUUAUGGUGGCGUUGUCAACAAUACCGGUCUGGAGAAUGGCAACGGCUACAUCAAUGUUGGCGCAAACACUCCUUACCACGUUGCAAGUCUGCCUGGCGUCGUUCAGUUCACGCCGUCUUCUGCUCCUGGCUACUUCUUCUAUUGGUACAACACUUUGCAGGCUCAGACCAAAUCUCAGGUCGAGAGUGCUACGCGCGAUACCAUCAAGUGGCUCCAAAACCAGAUCAAUGGCACUUCUGCCGUUGAGCCUGAGUUUGUUGACUUCGAGGACUUCUCCCCUUUCCAUCUGGAGGCUUCGAAGUCUGAUAUAGCCAACGGCUUCUACCGCAAGAUGAAUGGUUUGCAGGGUCACAGGAACACAUGGUACAUUGGGUCAUUGUUUGUCGUGGGGACCAGUCAAGUUUGGAACAACACGAAGAACAUGCUUCCCGAGAUCAUCGCCGCAGCUCAGCUUUGA